AUGAGUGCAAAAGUUGGUAAUGAUUCAGCAGUUGAGGACGAAGGAUACUCUGUAUUUCUUCAAGAAACAAAAGCAAAAUUGAUUCUAUUUGACCCAAACUUAACGAAACUGGAGAUAUACAAUAAAGCUGCGGAUUUAUGGCAUAAACAGCCAACAAAAGCUAAAAUGGAAUACAGACGAAAAUCUCGACUCCGAUUGCCUCGUAAAAAGAAAAGCGAUGGAUCAGAUAGUGAACUUGGUUUCGAUAAUGAAGCAAAACCAAAAAGAAUAUCUGCAUAUUCAGUUUUUGUGAAUGAAAAACAACAGGAACUAAAACUCACAAAUCCGGAUCUUACUCUCAUUGAAAGAUCAAAAUUAAUUAAAGAAAUUUGGAACUCAAUGAGUAAAAUGGAAAGAAGUCAUUAUGAAAAUAGAGCUAAGUGCUUUAAUAGGAAUUUAGACAAAUACUCAAGCGAUGAUUAA